CUCGGCCUGCGCCGCGGCGCCAGCGAUCUGCCAGGCCCGGGGCCGGAGCGGGCCUCGUGGGGAGGGGCGGGAGGCGCGCGCGGGAGGGCCCGGCCGGCCAGGGCCCCGGGCGCGCCCAGAGGCGGCCGGCGCUCCAGGCCCGCCCGCAGCCCAUGCCCGGCUCUGCAUGGCCCCGGCUGCUGACAUGACUUCUUUGCCACUCGGUGUCAAAGUGGAGGACUCCGCCUUCGGCCAGCCGGCGGGGGGCGGCGGGGGCCAGGCCCCCAGCGCCGCGGCGGCCGCUCCCACGGCCGCAAUGGGGGCCGACGAGGAAGGGGCCAAGCCCAAAGUGUCCCCGUCGCUGCUGCCCUUCAGCGUGGAGGCGCUCAUGGCCGACCACAGGAAGCCCGGGGCCAAGGACAGCGCCCUGGCGGCCUCCGAGGGCGCGCCGGCGGCCGGCGGCUCCGCGCAGCCCCUGGGCGCCCGGCCCGGCUCCCUGGGCGCCCCGGACGCGCCGGCCUCCCCGCGGCCGCUCGGCCCCUUCUCGGUGGGAGGGCUCCUCAAGCUGCCCGAAGACGCGCUCGUCAAGGCCGAGAGCCCCGAGAAGGCCGAGCGCACCCCGUGGAUGCAGAACCCCCGCUUCUCCCCGCCCCCGGCCCGCCGGCUGAGCCCCCCAGCCUGCACCCUGCGCAAGCACAAGACCAACCGCAAGCCGCGGACGCCCUUCACCACGGCGCAGCUGCUGGCGCUGGAGCGCAAGUUCCGGCAGAAGCAGUACCUGUCCAUCGCCGAGCGCGCCGAGUUCUCCAGCUCGCUCAGCCUCACCGAGACGCAGGUGAAGAUCUGGUUCCAGAACCGCCGCGCCAAGGCCAAGAGACUGCAGGAGGCCGAGCUGGAGAAGCUGAAGAUGGCCGCGAAGCCCAUGCUGCCCCCAGCGGCCUUCGGCCUCUCCUUCCCGCUCGGCGGCCCUGCGGCCGUGGCCGCCGCCGCCGGCGCCUCCAUCUACGGCGCCUCCGGCCCCUUCCAGCGCGCCGCGCUGCCCGUGGCGCCCGUGGGACUCUACACGGCCCACGUGGGCUACAGCAUGUACCACCUGACAUAGAGGCCCCAGAUGCUGGGCUUCCCAACCACGCGCGGAUGCUCCCCGCCCCGAACCUCUUGGCGACCUCCCCGCAGCCCCUGGGGCUCCUCCCGCGGCUCCUCUCACCCCAGUCCGCUCGCUGCAGUGACUUCGCCUUUCCCAGAGUGGCGUGGCGGGGAGGGUCCCUGUAACUCGCCUAAAAUCCAGCUCCCCCAUCCCCCGUUUGGGAGGCUGAGGACCCUGCAGCCAGAGAGGUUUUCUAAGUCCCCCCACAGCGGCGGGGCGCCCUGGCCCCAGAGGCUUCUCCAUAGCCGCCUCCGCCAGGCUCCGAAGGGCCAAGGACAAACCGCGGGUGCUGGCUGGGAGGCCGAAGAAGCGUCCAGAAAGAGAAGGUCACUGGAGAGAGCCUCGGAGGCCCCAGCAACCCGGUGGCAGUCCAGCCUUGGCGGGGGUGGGGUGGUGGAUACCCCUGUGUGUCGCCAAGGUAGGUGGAAGGAACCGCUCUUAGCAAACCCACUCAAAGCAACCCCUCGCGGUGAAACGGAACCCCCCCCCCUGCUCCUAUUUAACGCACAUCUGCGUGGUUCUCCGAAUCCCUUUGGAAGGGAUCGCGUGUAAUAUACUGUAUAUUGGAAAUUUUAUUAUCAUUUAUAUUAUAGCUAUAUUUGUUAAAUAAAU